AUGUCCUUCCUACGAUCCAUGGGGGAUCUGAUCGGUUUUCUGAUCCUCACGGUGGUCUCGAUCGCCGAGAGCAUCGUGAAAAUGUUCAUCCCCGCGAAGUACAAGAUGAAGAGCAUCAUCGGCGAGAUCGCACUUGUGACCGGUGGCGGAGGCGGUCUGGGACGACUGAUCGCACUCAGGCUCGCCAAUCUGGGCGCCAUCGUCGUCAUCUGGGACGUUAAUAAAGAAGGCACGGAAGAAACCGUGAAACUUGUCCAAGCCGCGGGUGGAACCUGUUACGGCUACGUUUGUGAUCUAUGCGAUCGAGAGGAUGUAUACAAGAAAGCCGCGGUGGUCAAGGAGGAAAUUGGGAAGGUGACAAUAUUGAUAAACAACGCCGGUGUGGUUAGCGGAAUGAAAUUUUUGGACACGCCGGACAAGCUAAUCAUCCGCACGAUGGAAGUGAAUGUGAUGAGCCACUUUUGGACGACAAAGGCUUUCCUGCCCUCCAUGAUGGAGGAUAACAAGGGCCACAUCGUGAGCAUAGCCAGUCUUGCUGGUCACGUGGGAGUGCCGACAUUAGUGGAUUAUUGCACCUCGAAAUUCGCUGCCGUCGGUUUCGAGGAGGCACUCCACAUGGAGCUAGCGGCUGAUGGCUAUAACAUCAACACCACGGUUGUAUGCCCGUUUUUCAUUCGCAGCACCGGCAUGUUCGAGGACAUAUCUCCCAGAUACGUUCCACGGCUUAGCCCAAACGAAGUGGCUGAUCGAGUAGUGUCCGCGAUGAGGUGCAACGAGAAGAUUGCUGUGGUGCCUGGUUACCUUUAUCUUUUGCUCAUUUUGAAAUGGGCCUUCCCGUGGGCCUGCGCGGGGAUGUUUAUCCGAGGUGUGGUCUCUAGCACGUUGAACGUUUACAACACGCCCAAGAAACCGACCGUGACACCCAAGGAAACCAUUUCCGAUGUGAUAACUAAACCCCAGAAUGGCGCGAACAUUCAUCAACAAUUAACCAGACGCGUCUCCAGUUCCGAGAGGAAGCCAUAACAUAUUUUUUUUCGUAAUCCCUAUGUCCGAAGGGGUUUGGAAAUCGGAUUUACUAUUUCUCAACUGUCGAAAAAGAA